AUGUCUGGUAAUUCAACUGUGGAAGUGCUUUCGUCAUCAAGUUUGAGACGUUCGUCAAAUGAUAUGCUUCUAAAGCCCAUGACAUUAUUAGAUGCACAAACAGAAAAAGCAUUAUCAAAACUGACAAUUCCAAAAGUACUCGUUCUUUAUACAGGUGGUACUAUUGGUAUGAAAGUACUACGUAAUGCAUAUGAACCAGUGGCACAUUUUUUACUAUCCGCACUGCGUGGUAUGAAUAUUAUGCAUGAUACUAAUUUUGCAGAAAAAAUGAAUGAAAUCGACCCAGAAAAAUCUUUUCUUUAUUUACCACUUGCAAAUGAAGAAUGGAUUGCAUAUUAUAUUAAAGAAUAUACUCCAUUACUCGACUCAGCGAAUAUGACAUAUGACAAUUACAUUCAAAUUGCACUUGAUAUAAAGGAGGUCUACAAUUUAUUCAGUGGGUUUGUAAUUCUUCAUGGUACUGAUACAAUGAGUUAUACGGCAGCAGCUCUUUCAUUUAUUUUUGAAAAUCUUUCAAAACCAGUUGUACUUACUGGAUCGCAAAUUCCAAUCUUUGAAACACGAAGUGAUGGUCGAGACAAUCUUAUUGGAAGUUUAUUAUUAGCUGGGCAAUAUCGUAUUCCAGAGGUUACACUUUACUUUCGAAAUCGACUAUAUCGAGGGAAUCGUGUAACAAAAAUUGAUUCCGAAGGUUUAAAUGCAUUCUAUUCACAUAAUUUUUCAACUUUAGCAGAAUUUCGAACUAAAGUUGAAGUUAAAUGGGAUUUAGUUUUCGAUCGUUCAUCCGAAGGUCCAUUUAAUGUUCAUACAAAUUUAAAUCGAAAUGUUUCACUUCUUCGUCUUUUUCCUGGUAUAACUUAUUUAACAAUGCGUCAAUUUCUUGAACCACCAAUUCAAGGUAUCGUUUUACAAACAUAUGGAGCAGGAAAUUUACCAACGAAUCGACCGGAUUUAAUUGACGAAUUACGUAAAGCAAGUGACCGUGGUGUUCUCAUAGUUAAUUGUACACAAUGUGCAAAAGGAUGUGUUCAUUAUAUUUAUGAAGGUGCAACAGCACUACAAAAAAUAGGUGUUUGUUCAGGUUUAGAUAUGACAAUCGAAGCUGCUUUAAUGAAGUUAUCAUAUAUUCUUGGUAAAUAUUCAUCGGAUAAGAAAAUAAUGAAAAUGAAAAUGACUGAGAAUUUGCGAGGAGAAAUGUCUGCAGAUUCAACUAAAGUUGCAUGUCCAAAAAUCAAUCUCAAUUGGAUAUUAAAUGCGACCAAUGAUGAAACUAACGAGGAAUCGGUACAUUUUCGUCAAUCAUUAAUACCUUGGUUAAUAGCAACAUGUGCACAAACGGAUGAUAUAGCUACUCUACAUCAUAUACAACAAGUUCAAAGUGGUAUUAAAUUUAAUGCUGUAUUACCGUGUGGUUCAUUGCCACUUCAUAUCUGCGCUAAACAUGAUGCGAUAAAAUGUGCUGAGUUACUUCUUCGUAUCUCAAGUAAUGACAAUUCUUUUGUUAAUGAACCUGAUCAAGUUGGUUUUACGGCACUUUUCUAUGCUGUUCUUCAACUGAAUGAUGCGAUGAUUGAAUUGUUAAUUCGUUAUGGCGCAAAAUUAACAGCAACAUUAAAACCAAGUGAAAUAGGAAUGUAUCUAUGUAAUUGUGUUAAAAAUAAUCAAGUUGAUCGAUUGAAAGCAUGGCAUAAAGCAGGAGCUAAUCUUGAUCAAGCUGAUUAUGAUGGUCGAACGCCCAUUUUAUUGGCUGUAAACUAUAAUUCUGUUGAUUGUAUUCAUUACCUAUUAGAUAAUGGUAGUGUCGACAUUUCAUGGCCUGAUAGUCGUGGUAUGACACCUUUACAAAUUGCCAAACAACGUGGUUUCGAUAAUAUUGUUCAAAUACUAUCGUCCUAUGCUAGCAAUUGA